AUGAAUCAUAAAAUAAGUAUAGAAAAAGACAAUCAUUUGGCUUGCUAGAAAAGGAUUUGUAUCCCUCUUUUCUUUUUGUCUUGCUUUGGAGGGUGGUUGGUAAUUUUAAAUAUUAUUUUAGGCCUUCAUCUUCUAAAGUCUAAACCCUUUUGAAGCCAUCAAAAACCAGUGCCAAUUUGCUCAUUUUCUCAUAACACCCCAUCUCAAUUCCAGCCUGAUUCUUUCAUGCGUUAAAAAUAAUAGAGACAACCAUUUUUGUUUCAUAAUGGCGGUCAAGAAAAGUACAUGGAGAUCUAUGGUCACAAGCUGCUACAAGGCAGAUUGCGCGCCGACGACAACGAAGCCAAAGAGAGUUGUGGCGAAACAAACGUCGUUUCAAAGGCUUUCUCUGUCGGACUUAAGUUUUCCGAGCUCAAAUUUUUCGGAGGACCUCUCAAUAUCUCUUGCCGGUUCAAAUCUUCACGUAUUCACUCUCGCGGAGCUAAAAGUCAUAACACAGAGUUUCUCCUCUAGUAAUUUCCUCGGCGAAGGCGGGUUUGGACCGGUUCAUAAAGGUUUCGUCGACGACAAGAUUAGACCCGGUUUGAAGGCUCAGCCUGUGGCUGUCAAGCUCUUGGACCUGGACGGUUCUCAAGGCCAUAAGGAGUGGUUGACUGAAGUGAUUUUUCUUGGGCAAUUGAGGCAUCCAUACCUUGUGAAGCUUAUUGGGUAUUGUUGUGAAGAAGAGCAUAGGCUUCUCGUGUAUGAAUACAUGCCUAGAGGCAGCUUAGAAAAUCAACUCUUUAGAAGGUACUCUGUCUCACUUCCUUGGUCAGCGAGGAUGAAAAUCGCUCUAGGAGCUGCAAAGGGCCUUGCUUUUCUCCACGAGGCGGAAAAGCCGGUCAUAUACCGUGACUUUAAAGCUUCUAACAUUUUGUUAGAUUCUGAUUAUACGCCAAAACUGUCCGAUUUCGGCCUUGCAAAAGACGGCCCUGAAGGCGAUGAGACACACGUUUCCACACGAGUAAUGGGGACACAAGGUUACGCUGCACCGGAAUAUGUCAUGACAGGUCAUUUGACUGCGAUGAGCGAUGUUUAUAGCUUUGGAGUUGUACUUUUGGAGAUGAUAACCGGAAGAAGAUCGGUUGACAAGAGCCGGCCCACGAGGGAACAGAACUUAGUCGAGUGGGCUAGACCGAUGCUAUGUGAUCCAAGGAAACUUGGCCGGAUAAUGGACCCGAGACUCGAAGGCCAAUACUCGGAAACAGGAGCGAGAAAAGCGGCUGCAUUGGCCUACCAAUGCCUCAGCCACCGUCCAAAGCAACGGCCGACGAUGAGCACCGUUGUCGAGACCUUGGAACCACUUAAGGACUUCGACGAUGUCGCGAUCGCGCCUUUUGUCUACACGGUCCCGACAGAAAUCGCGAAUUCGAACAAGGAAGAAGCGAAGAAGGAGUGCUUAAGCGAGGUGAAGAAGGAGAAUGGUCACCGCCACCACAGUCACUCGCCUCACAAUGGCCAUCACAACAAGCAUCGUCGGAUGAGAUCGCCGAGAUCUCCGAAUUUUCACUCGGAAAAUGGGCCGAGACAGAAUCAGAGAAAUGGUUUGAACUCUCCGUUGCACCAUGGAGGCAGAGGAGCUUAGAGUAGUAACCGAAAAUGAAAGAAUGUAGAGUGAUCACGCGUCAGUUGACAGUGAUCAAGACUGUAAAUAGAAAGAAAAUUUGUUAAUUGUUAUUGCAAGUUGUUGAUUAAGUGUAAAUCUGAACUUAUUUUUCAGAUUGUUGAAGUAACGAAGUAAGUCCUAAUUCGAGUUGAGCAAAAAA